AUGCAGAAAAAAAUACCUAAGAGUGCCCUUUCCUUUGUUCAUGGACUCUGGUUUCUGGAGGAUCUAUUGGUUUUACGACUAAAACGAACACUGAAAACGGAAUUUGGAGAUACCACCAAAGAUGUGGAUAGUAUGGAGACUGAUUAUGAUCGGACGGACCGUAGGGAUUUUUCUAUGAUUUUGGUCAAUGGCUCCUUUGAUAUGGAUGAAUGA